GAUGGCUCCCAUGCCUUCCCCCGUGGCCAGGGUGCUGGGCAUCCUGGCAGCUGAGCGGGGCUGGCUGGUGGCUGAGCGGCUCCAGCCCCUGCUGCAGCCGUGGGAUGGGGGCGGCAGGGCAGAACACGUCUGCUGGGAGGAUGCCACAGUGCCUUGGCCCCUGGAGUGUGGUGCCACAGUGGUAGUGGACCGGGGACCGUCCAGGCAGGAGGAGCUGCCAGGCCUCGCUGGCGAGCUGUGGGCACUGUGCCGGGAGGACGAGGAGCUGAUGGGCCAGAUCCUGGGGGUGCUGGUGGCCUCUGCUGACAGCCUCUGGCACCACGUCCUCCAUGGACCCAAGCAGGAGAAGCUGGCGGCAGCAGUAGAGAGCCCCAAGCUGCCAGCGGCCAGCCUGGGCACAGCCACCAGGCCCAGCUCUGCCGGCUGGAAGACGGUGCGGUGGCUGGAUGCUUCCCGUGCACCGGCAGCCGAGGCCCUGCACGCCCAGUACCGGCAGCUGUUCUGGGGGGCUGCUGGAACCGCGCUAGGGCACUGCCUGGGUUGGCCGCAUUGCGGAGCUGGCAGGGCCAUGGCUGCCACACAGGAGCUGAGCCACGCUCUCACCCAGGCUGGUGUCCCCCGAGAGUGCGAGGAGGAACUGGGAUGGCUCUGCCUGCGCCUGCUCUGCCGGGCCGUCCUCCAGAGCUGGGAGAGAGACUUUGCCUGCGCGCUGGGCUCGGGUCUGUCCGACAAGUGCUUGGGGGAGCCGGUGCCAGCAGCAGGGCCGGUGUGGAGCAGGACAGCGCAGUGUCUGCAGCGGCUCUAUCCAGCCCUGGCUUUCGCCCUGCGUUGCCUGCAGCCCCUGCCCACCCGCCCGCCCGGCCACCCCCCUGGCUCACCCUGCCUGCGCCUGCAGGUGCUGGGCUGCUGCUUGGCCACAUCACAGGCUGCCUGCUCCUGGCUGAUGGGCAGAGCCUGCCGGUACCUGGCAGCCUGGGCCCUGCCGCAGUUCCUGCUCAUCACUCAGGGCGACCUGCAGCUGCUGAAGAUGGAGACAGACAGACUGGUUGUGCUGGUGACCGGGACCUUUCUGGAGCCUGGGGACACCCCCCCACAGCCGCCUCCUGCCGCACUGUCCCCCCAGGAGCUCCAGCUCUGCCAGCAGAUUUGCUCCAUGGCUGCCAGCAUCCAGCUCUUCUCAGGGGACGUGCUGAAGAUGUUCUCCACCAACUGCAAGCGGAUGUCGGCAGCGAUCUUCGACCAGACCAUGCCUCUGGGGAAGCACUGGAGGGUCGGCUUCCGCGCUGACCUGCCCAGCUCCCCCAGCGCAUAUGCGGCAGCAGCGGCCCAGGCAGUGCUGGGCCAGGUGCUGCAGGGCGCCCAGCUCCUGCCCCACGAUGCCCAGGCGCCCGCUCUGGCACGGGUGACCACCGCCUUCCUGGAGGCCUGGAUGGACCACAUCCUGGCACAGAGGAUCAAGUUCAGCCUGCAGGGAGCCUUGCAGCUGCGGCAGGACUUCGAGCUGGUGCGGGAGCUGGUAGCCUCGGAGCGCUAUGGGCUGGCCCCUGAGACCCGGCAGUCCCUGCUGUCCCUUCGUGUCUUCCAGCAGAUGGAUGGGGCCAUCCUCUGCCUCCUGCAGCAGCCCGGGGGGGUGGCUGGCAUGGCCCCCCGCCCCUGGCACUCUCUGCGCCGCUGCUGUUUGGACAACAGUGCCCACCCACCGGAGCCGACGUCGGGCAACCUGCACAGCCUGGACACCCUAGAGGCAGCAACGGCGGCACCGGGGCCCCCUCCGUUGGCUCCCAGUGCUGAGCCACUGGCGCGGCUACAGAGCAGUGUCCCCGAAUCCUACUUAACGGGCAGCCAGCAGCAGUGGCUAUCGUUACGGCUACAUCGGGCUCGCCGCUGGCGUGUACCGGGUUUACCAUGCGUCGGCAACAACCCCGAGGUCUGAUCGGUGGCAAUAAAACGGCUGCGGUGUCCCCA